AUGCGUCCAGCAACGCGCACGUCGCUCGUCGAGUUUCGCUCGAUCCUACUACCACCAAUUCGCAUUCCGGUUCGCGCUCUCGGAGCGUUAUAUCGCCCACAAUGCUCACGGCCGGCUCCCAAUCGCGCUCCUCUGCAAUGCCUAAUGCAGCGUCGGGGCAUGAACCUCUACAAGACAGCCAAAUCCAAGACACUGUUGGGCCAGCACAAAUCCUUGACGUUCUCGCCGUAUCAGGUAGAGCCUCCAAGUGCAUCGUCGCACCGCAUCAACCUCUUUGAAACGGAUAGGCACCAUUCCAAGUAUGAACUGAUAGCGAAGGAUGUGUCAUUGCAAGAGGCAUAUGAUAAUUAUGUCAAGCCAGGGCAUAUGAUUUACUGCUUGAAGCAGUUGAAAAAGGGAAUGGCAAAGAUGUUCAAGGCCGAGGGCAAUGAACAUGUGUUGGAUGAAUACAAUAGAUUCUCGUUUGUGGAGGCAAAGUCGCACCGGAUUCCAUUGAACAGUCCCCAGAAAGGACGACAACUCGGAGGACUGAAGAAUAUUAUUUUCAACGAGUCGAGUCCACUCUCGCAUUACCGGCUGUCAAUGGACCGGGCUUACCAAUUCAUCGAGUCGGGCUCGCCUGUCGAGUUUCGUAUCCGAUUACAGGGCAGUGUGGCCAAAGCAGAAAGGCUCAUGCCCGGCGACCCGACCGUCUGGCCGUGGAUGCAUGCCCGCUUCCCGCACUUGCGACCGGAUUUUAUCCUCAAAGGGAUGCCAGAAGGAACGACAUUUCUCAUCAACCCAGUCAGCGACGGGCGGGUGUGCCAGUGGGUCAUGGCCAAACCAACGACUGUAUCCACCACCCAAGACCUGAAUAGGCGAUUUGAAAAGGUUCAGAAAGGUGUGGUAACAUCCAUCAAGAAGGGACAGCAGGAGAUGCUGCCACAGCAAAUGCGGCUUCAAUUGGCCGGGAGUGGAAACCAGAAUUACUCGCCCAACACGGGCCUGCCGAGAUCAAAGGCAAAGGCGAAAUAUGGCAAGGGUGGAGAUGUCACAUAUGGGGCUGAGGAAAAGAAGCACCUGGCCAAGGACGCGGAGACGUAUAGAUUCCUGCAGCCCGAUGAUGAGGAUGGGGAUGAAUUCAGGCCCAGGUACAGGUACGCGAAGACGCCGCCGCCGGAGCCCAAGCAUCGAUGGCUAGGACGAGGCAGCAGGCGGUGAAGGGGGGCGGGGUUAGGCGUGCAGUGCAGUGUAUUGUAUUGUAUUGUAUCAACACGGCUGGCGACGUGGUGGCUCAAUUGAUAGAUAGAGAUACGUGUACAACCAGAAAGGGUUUCAGCAAUGCCAGGUGUGCUUGGCGGAGUGGUUAGGGCUGACUAGGGA